AUGCGCAAGGGCAGGUCCGUAUCGCUUCAUCUCCCAAAGCAGUGCGAUCCCACGCCAGUACCCCCAUCCCUAACAAACUCACCGCACCUCUCGUCGCCGUACAGCGUAUUUCGUCGGCAACCAGCUUUUCUCAAGACCCCCUCCCAGGAGGAUGACGAGUGGUUGCGAGACAUGGUGCCCAUGAACAGCGAGCAAGGCGCAUUUGAAGAACACCUUCUGAGCGCAUCGCAACCAGUCACGCCAGUCGUAGCAGUCCAGAAGCAAUGGGAGACAUCACAGGAGGAGUCGUUCCGGGGUCGUGCUACGCUAUCUCCGAGACCUAACAUGCAUCGUUCAUGGUCGUCUCCUUCAACAUCAUCAACAUCAUCUGUCGUCGCUGUGUUACCCUAUGACUUGGACAGGUCGGACCAGCAGCGGGUAGUAUAG